AUGGAGCAGCAGCUUGCCGCUUGCCUCGAGGCGACGCUGUCACCCGACGCCGCAAUCAGGACGCAGGCCGAGUCGCAGCUCGAAUCGUUUCGUUCGCCCGAGCACGAUGCACGAGGACAGGCUGGGCUCGGCUUCGUUAAGCUGCUACUCGAUCAAAGCGCUUCCAUCUAUGUUCGACAAUCUGCCGGUCUCGCUCUUCGCAAAUACAUCACUGCACGAUGGGGACCCUACUUCGACGGUUUCGUUGGAGCUGCUGUCGAUGUAGCGGUUAAGCAGCAAAUCCGUCACGCUCUGCUCAGUGGGCUUGCGGAUCCCGUUCGCAAGAUUCGUCUCGCCACGUCCUACGCCAUAUCGACCAUUGCAGGCCCCGACUAUCCUGACGAAUACCCCGACCUGCUCCCAUAUCUGCAGCAACUUCUUCAGCAAGGAGAGCCCAACGGCCUGCACGGUGCCAUGGCUCUUCUGUCUGAGUUCGUUCGAGUCGAGAUGGACGAAAUCCAGCUCAUACAAGUCGCCAAGGAGAUUUUGCCGGCGUUGGAGCAGGUGCUAGCGCAAGAAGACCGACACAGCUCCUACAUCCGCGCUCGAUGCGUGCUGGUCUUCCGACAAUGCCUCACCACCUUGUUCAUGGUCAAGGAAACAUACCCGGACGUCGUCAAGCAAGCGUCACAGACCAUGCUGCCACGAUGGCUCUCAAUGAUGCAGACAUUGCUCGCACGCGAUGCCGCUCAAGAGCUAGGCUCGGACCUGCAGGGCGGCUGGGCUUCCCUUUCAUUACGGAACGAGAUCUUCAAGACGCUCAAGGUCGCCGCAAUGUUUCGCGCGCAGUUCAAGUCGCAUAUUCAGGCUUUCAUGCAGUCUUCAAUAGCCAACCUCGUCUCCCUCCUACCAGCCUUCCGACAGCUAUAUCUUUCCAACUCAUCCGAUCUCGAUGCACCAACAACGGAAGAAGGGGACGACGAUGUAUCAUCCGACAUUCCAUCCUUGGCCUGCUCGAUUCUCGACUUCAUCAACGAGGCUUCGAGAGGAGAUCGUUGCCGCGAGCUCUUUGUCAGCGGCGGCACGGGCGGACAAGGAAGCGAAACCGACUUGCUGCAGCAGCUCAUUGGCCUGCUCCUUGUCUAUAUCGAUAUGACCGUGGAAGACGAAGACAACUGGGCCAACGAUGCCAAUGCCUUCAUUGCGGACGAGGACGACGAGACGCUCGCCUACAGCUUGCGCAUUGCCGCUGCUGAUCUACUUGGCAUGCUCAUCGAGGACUUUCCUAUGCCAGCUCUUCGGUCGAUCGGACAGCAGUUCCAACACCUUGUUCAGCAGGCCAACAAUGACAAGGCGAAAGGUGACGAGGACUGGUGGAAGGUGCACGAGGGUGUCCUCACCGCCAUCGGCAACAACGCAGAGGCUAUCAGCGAGAUUGUCGAAACGCAGUCAGCAGCCAAGCAGGCGCUUUACCUCGAGUCCAUCUUUUCGACCAUCGUCCUGCCCAAUGUCGGCAACGAUGCUCCUCCUUUCCUCCAGGGACGUGGCUUCGUCUUUGCGUCACAAUUUGCCACCUCCCUUCCGUCCGAGCUCGCCGUGCAGUUCCUCGACGCAGCAGUCAACGCAAUAGAGUCUGAUAGCGCUUCCUUGCCCGUCAAGAUCUCCGCAGUACGCACCGUCAAGAACUUCUACCGACACCUGCCCUCGAACGUGGUUGGGCCAUAUGCACCUCGCAUUGUGCAGAAGCUCGGACCGUUGCUCACACAAGCGUCCGAGGACACGCUUAUCCUCAUCAUCGAGACGGUGCAAGCUGUGGUGGUGGAAGAGACAGAGAGCGGCGAUGCGACGACGACACCGCACGUGGAGGCGGCCAUCAUUGGCGAGAUCGUACGUGCAGCUCUUCAGGUGUGGGCGCCCAACGCAAGGGACAUCAUUCUUCUCUCUGUGGUGUCCGACCUGCUCGAGUCGCUAGCUGGUUCCAAACAGCCGGGCGUUCCUCAGGUCAUUGUACAGCAGAGCCUGCCGUUCUUGGCAGCCGCCAUCGGAUCCAGCCUGCCGGAUCAAGUGAAUUCGUCCGCGGACGGUGAGCCUUCUGCCGUAGCAGAGACGGCUGUUGAGCUCGCAAAGAGCGUACUCGAUGGUGCCAACUCCGCCGCGUUACGAGGGUCUGUCAACGUGCUCUGCCCGAACCUGUUCAAAGUUCUGUCGACCAGUCAAGAUCGCGACGUGCUGCAGAACGGCAUCGAGUGCCUCACGGUCCUGGUGAAAAAGUGCACGCAAGAGCUGGUCGAUUGGAAGGAGUCUCAGAACGAGACAGCGUCGAUCGAUCUGAUGUUGCAGAUCAUCGCAAAGCUGCUUGUGCCUACAAAUGACUCCGAGAGUGGCGGUCUUGCUGUAGGUGACCUUGUGGUGGCGCUGCUGCGCAAGGCUGGCGAUCGCAUCGCUCACGUCUUGCCGGAUCUGCUCAAUGCUAUGGUUCAGCGCCUCGCCACCGCGCAGACAGCAACUUUCACCCAGUCCCUGAUCGUGCCCGUGGCCUACCUGUUGCACGACAACGACGACCAAGCGAAGCAGGUCAUGGACUUGCUCGAGUCGAUCCAAGUGGCCCCUUCUCCCGACAACCCUGCGGCAGAGAGCGGCAACGGUCUCGAAGUGCUCUGCAAGAAAUGGGUCGACAACGUCGAGACUUUCCAAGGGUUCUGGGCGCAACGCGUCAGCGCACUUGCUCUCGCCAAGGUGCUCGACAGCCGCCGCUCGUUCCUCACCACGACCGACGUGCGCGGUGAUAUUCUUCCCGACAACUCAGGCAUCAUCCGCACGCGCUCGCGCGCAAAGACGAUGCCGCACCAGUACAGCAGCGUGCCCAUGUUUGCCAAGAUUGUCAAGGUGCUGUUGAAGGAGUGGAGCUCUGCGUCCCGGGCUGGCGGCGGUGCGGGUGGCGCUCGGGAUGGCGCACGGACGCCCGAGACGGAUGAUGAGGACGGUGAGUGGGAUGACGAGUAUGAGCCGAACGCUGGUGGCAAGGACGACUUUGGGUUCCUUUCCGACCUGCUUGGGCCCGGUGGACUGGACGCGCUGCAGAACGACGACGACUUUGGGCUGGAGGAUGAGGAUCUCAAGUCCGACCCGGUCUACAACAUGGAUCUCAAGAGCUGGCUGUCGCGGUAUCUUCAGCUUCUGGCACAGACAGCGGGUCGGUCGUCCUUCGAGUCUCUGUUGACGCCUCAUUUGAACACCGAGGAGGCGGCGAUGCUCAAUGCAAUCUUGUGA